CCUUUUUUUUUUUUUUUUUUUUUGGGGAUUCCAUUACAUAAUGGAAGUGCUUUGAAAACAUUUUUUAUUGCAAGUGUUAGGAGCUAAAUGUACUGUCACAAGAAUCACUCCCAAGUCCAACAGACCUCAUUGAUCUCAUGUAUGAUUUUUCAGAAGGGAGAAAUGAUGAAUACCUUGGAUCAGAAUUCCAUCUCUGCGAAUUUGAAAGGCAACCCUAAUUAGUAGCCAACAAAGGCUGAGCCAAUCCAUUGAAACAAUCAGCAGUAGUCUCUUGCUCAUCAGCUUCUCUCUGCUCUCAGCCAUUGACGGAAUGGAAGCUUGUCCUUAACCUUACUGACUUCAAUUUUAUUGGGUUGCUAUGCCUCCAAUGGGAAAGCUUCACGGAAAGGUCUUUUCACAUGGCCCUUCUUUUCACCAAACGCCUUUUCAAAACUGCACAAAAUUUCGCCCAUCUUUACUUCAGUACAUGGUCCAUAUAUGACAAAAGAAUAUACAAGGCUCCAUUAUUGGCUACAGAGUGGAGACCCCAAUCAUCGUGUCAAGUUGCUCUCGAGUAAAACAAUGACAGCUCAUUGAGAAAGACCAUUAGUCGCUGGAUUCCAUGUGUGGAAAGUUUGAACCCAUUCCACCCUCCAUGUGAUAGCCAUCAACCCUACUAGCAAGUCAUCGUCAAGAGCCAGUGAACUGGAGCUGGAUGGUGGUGCAAUAGGAUAAAAGGCGGCUUUCUUCAAACUUCAGAUUCUUCAAGAAACAGCUGAGUGCUAAACCUUUGGAGUUGAGAUCAAAAUUCAACCUUAAACUACCCUUUUUGUGCAGGGAAGAAGGUGAGAUAUGGCUUUGGAGAUUGUGUGUUUCGUUAUCCAUGUUGGGGAGAGGCUGUGGUCUUCAGCGACUGGUCCAGUGAGUAAUCUGGUGAACUAUAGGAAAAAUAUAAAGAAUCUCAAUGAUGAAGUUGAGAAGCUAGAGAUUAUCAGAAGCGAUAAUCGACUUUCAGAGAGGGCCGCCCAGAUGAAUGGAGAAGAAAUCAAAGGCGAGGUUCAGAUGUGGCUGAACAAAUCUGACGCUGUCCGCAGAGGGGUUGAGAGAUUGAAUGGUGAAGUCGACAUGAACAGGACAUGCUUCGGUGGGUGCUGUCCUGAUUGGAUAUCGCGUUACAAGUUAAGCAAGCAAGCCAAGAAAGAUGCACAUACUGUUAGGGGGCUCCAAGGGACGGGAAGAUUUGAAAGGGUUUCGCUCCCAGGACGACGGCAACUGGGAAUCGAGUCGACGCUGUCAUUUGGGGAUUUUCAGGCAUUUGAAUCGACCAAAAGGGCGAUGGAUGAGGUCAUGGUGGCCUUGAAAGAAGAUCGGGUGAAUAUUAUUGGGGUCUAUGGAAUGGGGGGUGUGGGCAAAACAACCAUGGUGAAACAGGUGGGUGCAAAUGCUCACAGAGAUGGGCUGUUUCAGCAUGUUGCAAUGGCUGUGAUAUCCCAGAAUCCGGAUUUGAGGAAAAUUCAAGCCCAAAUUGCAGAUAUGUUGAACUUGAAGCUAGAAGAGGAGAGUGAAGCUGGGAGGGCAGCAAGGUUGAGGGAGAGGAUAAUGAGAGGCAAGAGUGUUCUCAUAAUCUUAGAUGACAUAUGGAGAAGAAUUGACUUAUCUGAGAUAGGAAUUCCCAGUACUGGCAGUGACCUUGAUGCCUGCAAAUCCAAAAUCUUACUGACCACAAGGCUUGAAAAUGUGUGUCAUGUCAUGGAAAGCCAAGCAAAAGUCCCUCUGAAUAUUCUGUCUGAACAGGAUUCUUGGACCUUGUUUGGGAGGAAAGCAGGGAGAGUAGUGGAUUCUCCUGAUUUUCAUAAUGUAGCACAGAAGAUUGUCAAAGAAUGUGGAGGCCUCCCAAUUGCUCUGGUGGUUGUUGCUAGAGCAUUAGGCGAUAAGGACUUGGAUGAAUGGAAAGAAGCUGCAAGACAACUAGAAAUGUCCAAGCCAACAAACCUGGAUGAUGAUGGGGGUGUUUUCAAAUGUAUAAAACUGAGCUAUGACUAUUUGAAAGGCAAUAGCACCAAACCAUGUUUUCUGAUUUGUUGUUUGUUUCCAGAGGACACGGACAUCAGCAUCGAAGACUUGGUGAAGUACGGAUUGGGGCAAGGGCUGUUUCAAGAGGCCAACACAAUCGAAGAGGCAAGAGGCAGAGCACGUUCUGUUGUCAAGUACCUCAAGGCUUGCAGUCUGUUGUUGGACAGCACAGAGGAGGGCGGUGUGAAAAUGCAUGACGUUGUCCGCGAUAUGGCUAUACUACUCGUAUCAUCUGAAGACAAUAAUGCCUUUAUGGUGCAAUCUGGUAGCGCCUUAAAGGUGUGGCCGACAAAGGACAGCUAUGAAGCCUACACAGCCAUCUCACUCAUGUCCAACGAAAUCGAGGAGCUCCCUGAUGGGCUAGUAUGCCCCAAGCUUCAGACAUUGUUAUUACAGAAUAACAAUGAUAUACAAGAGAUCCCAGAUGACUUUUUUGGAAGCUUCCACUCCCUGAGAGUCUUAGACCUCAAUGGUGCUGACAUCCCAUCACUACCCCCUUCGCUUGGACUCCUGAGAAGCCUUAGGACGCUAUGCCUAGACUGCUGCCAGUCAAUAACAGACAUAUCCAUACUGGGGAAAUUGGAGAAACUUGAGAUUCUUAGUCUCAGAGAAUCCUACAUUGAGGAUUUGCCAGAAGAACUGGCCCAGCUGGCCAAUCUGAGGAUGCUGGAUUUCACUAUGAGUAACAACAUCAAAUCAAUUCCUCCUAAAGUGAUAUCAAGCUUGUCCAGGUUAGAAGAGAUGUACAUGCAGGGUAGCUUCGCAGACUGGGGUCUGCUGCUUGAAGGAACAUCAUCAGGAGCCAACGCCGGUUUUGAUGAGCUAACGUGCUUGCAUCGCUUAAAUAUCUUGAAGGUAGACAUCUCUGAUGCUGAGUGCAUGCCUAAAACUGUGAGGUUUGAUCCAAACUGGGUAAACUUUGAUAUAUGCAUAAGCAGGAAGCUGUUCACCCGGUUCAUGAAUGUGCAUCUGUCAAGAGUUACAGCUGCUCGAUCAAGAGCCUUGAUUCUCGAUGUCACCAUCAAUACCUUGCCAGACUGGUUCAACAAAGUGGCCACUGAAAGAACCGAGAAACUAUACUACAUAGAAUGCAGGGGUCUAGACAACAUUCUUAUGGAAUAUGAUCAAGGAAGCUUAAAUGGCCUCAAGAUCCUCCUUGUCCAGAGUUGCCAUCAGAUAGUACACCUCAUGGAUGCAGUAACAUAUGUUCCAAACAGACCUUUGUUCCCUAGCUUGGAAGAGCUGCGUGUUCACAAUCUUGACUACUUGAAAGAGAUCUGCAUUGGGCAACUUCCGCCUGGAUCGUUGGGGAACAUGAAGUUCUUGCAGGUGGAGCAGUGCAAUGAGCUGGUGAAUGGGCUGCUGCCGGCUAAUCUGUUGCGGAGACUAGAGAGUCUGGAAGUCCUUGAUGUGAGUGGGAGCUAUUUGGAAGACAUAUUUAGGACUGAAGGACUCAGGGAAGGAGAAGUUGUGGUGGGAAAGCUGAGAGAACUGAAACUGGAUAAUCUACCUGAACUGAAGAAUAUAUGGAAUGGCCCUACCCAGCUUGCAAUAUUCCACAAUCUGAAGAUUUUGACAGUGAUAAAGUGCAAGAAACUGAGGAAUCUAUUCACAUACAGUGUGGCUCAAAGUCUCAGAUAUCUGGAGGAGCUGUGGAUUGAGUAUUGCAAUGGUUUGGAGGGAGUUAUUGGGAUGCAUGAGGGUGGAGAUGUAGUGGAGAGGAUCAUUUUCCAGAACUUGAAGAACUUGUCCUUGCAAAAUCUUCCAGUGCUCAGAAGCUUUUAUGAAGGAGAUGCAAGAAUUGAAUGCCCAUCCUUGGAACAACUGCAUGUGCAGGGCUGCCCAACAUUUAGGAAUUACUCACCUUAUUUCCACAGUACAAACCAAUUCCAAGUAAACAAUGAACAACACUUGCUCCUCCUGCGAAAAAGGUUGUGGGAGGAGAGAACUUUCCUAGAAGAAAAUUUAUGAAUCGGCGAGCAAAAGGGCAAAGGAGGUUGGAACCAUUAUGUUCAUCAAGCUGAUUUGGGUCCAGUAAAUACAUAUACAUAUAUACAUACAUAUAUAGGUGUGUGUAUAUAUUACAUACAUGCAUACAUACGUAUGUGUAUAUAUAUAUAUGUUUGUGUGUGUGUAUUAGCAAAUUUUCAAUUGGAUAUUUGCCAAUUAAGAAGUUGACGAUUGAAACUUGAGAUGCUUUAAUCCUUGAAGUGUUCUAUUCAUCACCCUUUUGGUUUU